CAUGUAAGCUGAGCACAGACAGUGGGCUGAGCACUUAACAGCUCUGGUACAGGCCAACAGCAAUGCUGUACAUGGUACCAGUGGGUUCACCCCACACUGUGGUGUUUGGAAGGCUGCUUGACUAUUAAUGGGUCACUUGAGCCACUUGUAACAGGCUCUCAGAGCCGGCACUGGGUGCAUCACCUGACCCUCCUGGAGCACUUGUGGCUGUUGAUGGAAGCUGUGAACCCCUGCGUUGGUAUGGGAGGUCCAACUUAGGUGGACCUCCUAUAAGGAAUGAACCAGAAAAAUGCUCAAGAUGACCUGUGACAGGGGGCAAUUAACCUAGAGUCACAAGUUAAUUGAACUCAGAUUCUAUCAGUUUGUUUUCAGUGUUUUUCCUUUGUUUCUGUGUUUUGCAUGUUUGCCACUGACUGACUGGAGAUCAUUGCACAGCGUUCCUCACACCAAUAUUUAAGGAGCGGCUCCAACAGAAAACAGGACAGCAUGUGGCUGCAAGAGUCAUGCAGCGAACUGCCACCACAAAGCCAGAGGCAGGACCUGGAUGUGCCCCCAUCGGAUGGACUCUUAUAUGAAGGACAUUUAGAUGGACUUGCUUAUAUACUUUAGAAAAGCCCUCAGCACCAUCUGACGCACCCCCACAACACCCGUGUGCGACUCCUCCCUCCUCUGCCGGCUAUAAAUCACCGAGUUACGAGCCGAAGUGAAGAAACCGACUCACUGCCAGCUGCUGGAAACCACCUGUGUCUCUGACUAAAAUGGCCCUGAUGCUGAAGCCGUGGACGGUGAUGAUCGCCAUCUUCCUGUGUGUGCUCGUGUGUCUGGGAGUGCUGGCAGACGCCUAUCCCCCCAAGCCAGAAAACCCCGGUGACGAUGCGCCCCCCGAAGAGCUGGCCAAGUACUACACUGCUCUGAGACACUACAUCAACCUGAUCACCCGACAGAGAUAUGGAAGACGCUCGGCUCAGGAGGACGACGUUCCACAGCUGCUUUUUGAUGAUGACGCCGGCAGAAGUCAGAGAUCCAGGUAUAACUCCUUCAUGUGGUGAUUUCCCCAUCCAUCUACCCCCCCCCCACCACCACCACCCAUCGGAAAUGGCCUCCCACUCUCUGACCCCCCCAACUCAAUGAUGAGGCUAGCCCCAGUCUCUCCUGCUUCUUCACAUUCAACACAUGCCAACACAUGAAAGCUGUACAUAGUUUAUUAUCAGCAUGAAGGUUUCCUGAGGUCAGAGCAAGACGCUGGAAGAACAAGCCACGGGUUUGUUUGAGCGCUAGCUCCUUUUUCAGGCUGGAGUUUUACUGUUGCUAACGGUAACAAGCGAGGGGAAAUAAUAAAACUGUCAGAUUAAACCAUGAA